GAAGAAGCCAAAGUUGGUGCUGGUCGUGGUGGACAGGCCUUCCUCCAUCGCCAGCCCCCUGGCCCAAGAACUCCCUCUCGAUCAGAUAGACACUCGGUCGAGAGAUCGGUGAGCCGAUCGGAGGACGAGAUGGAGGCGGUGAUGAUUUGGCUUCUGACGAUCGGAAGCGUCUGGGGGACGACGAAUGCUCUGAUCAAGCGCGGAGCCGUGAAGGCGCAAGAGAAGCAGCGAGAUCGAGAGCAGAGAGAGCGAGAACGAGGAGGAGGAGGAGGAAAGAUUUGGGUGGUGGAGUUCGUGCGCGAUUGGGUGGAGCUGCUGCGCGUGUGGGAGUACUCGGUGCCAUUCGCCAUGAAUCUGGCGGCGUCGGUCUUCUUCAUGCGGCGCCUGGGCGACAGUCCUAUCAACAUCGCCGUGCCUGUGACCAACGCCACCACCUUCGCGGCCACGGCGCUGGCCGGGGCCGCCCUCGGCGAGCGCAUCCCCGUCCUGCAGGCCUUGGCCGGCGUCGCGCUCAUCGCCAUGGGCAUCGUUCUGUGCAUCUCUCCCGGCCUCGUCACCCAUCGAUUCGGUUCUUGAUGUCGAUCGCGUCGAUCGGACCUCUCUUACCUCGAGGGACAAUUGGCCUGGCAUGGAACGAUUUCACUCUUCUCAUUCAUUCAUCGAUUCAUUUUUCACUCUUCGACCGUCAUCGAAAGCUGUCACCUUCACCUUCGGUCUUCUCUUCUUCAUUAGUCUGCGGGAAUGUGCACAUUUGCCAUCUCUAGCAUUUGACAUGUUCUCGAGCAUUGCUCGCGGCGGCUGUGGAUCGAGCGAAGUCUCAAGCUGUGCUGCGCCUCGACACUUCGAGGCACGACCAGGCAGAUGGUACGUACGUACGAUCAAUCAGCUCCAAUGUGGCAUUUUCUUCCUACAAAACGAUCUCUGUCGGAGCCUGUUUUGAGGUUUUUUAAGGUUUUUCUCGUUCAUUCUUCAACAGGCGGAUACAGAUAUUCCACCUCGCUCGGCAUCGAAUCUCUCUCCAUUUCAUUCCAUUCUGUAUUAAUCUGA